AGCGUUGUGCAAACAAACCGGGGAGCGAGUUCCUGAUUAGAUUGUGAAAACUCUUGAGUUGUGUGCGCUGCGCUGUGCUGUGCUGCGCCGGAGAAGGCAUGAGGCGAGAAUGCAGCGGUGCUUUCCUCGUUUACCUCUUUGUCCCGUUGAAAAACUGAUAGCAGAUAGCAUCUAAUGAGCUAACCACAUUGGAAAGGUCAAGCUAAUCUUUCUUACCCUCCAACUCCCCCGUGAUUCGGGCUAAAAAGGAGGGGUGGAUACAAGAGAGAGAGAAAGAGGAGGGGUUGGAGUUGGAGUUAUUUAGCAUCGCCUUACUUUCCCGCAAGCCUCCCAUCACAUAGCAGUCUCGUUGAAUCUGUCUUGCUACACAAAGUGAAUGCUCCUUGUUUUGCCUCGUAUAGGGUUAAGAUCGAGGCGAGGAGACUACCGGUCUCGUAUUUACAGGAAGCAAAACAGCGAAGUGAGUCUAGUUAACGAUAUACGGUACUGGGUAGGAAAUCAGCAACCCCUGUCAUGUUGCGUCGCCUGAGAAAAUAGUUUUGUUUUAAGCAAAAAUAAUAGUUUCUCAAACCACUAACCGCUCUGGAGUGGGGUGUCAGUUUUUGCUGACCUCGCUGUUGCAACUGCGUAGCCAACAGGUAAAGCCAGCGUUGCGAUUUUGUGGCGUUUUUCAUUUGUACGCGGCGCAGCUGAGAGAUCUCUUCUUGUGUGCGGCACUCGAGCAGGACAUCGGAUCAACACUCACGGCUUUUCUCCCAGGGAUAGCGGUUGAAGGAAAUGCUAGAUCUUGUGAUCGCUCAGAGUCUGAGUGCGAGUUCCCAGGGUCCGGCUGGUUGGAAGCAGAGUCAGUGGGAGACCCCCUCUCGCCCCCUGAACCCACACCACUCUCCAGAUGAAUUGAAGGCGUUCAGUACCGCCCCAGCAUCAAUCUUCACAGCAGACCCAGGUCACUCCUGGGACUUGACUCCAGUCUCUUCCUCCACCCCUGCCUGCAGACCCAGUGGGUUGCUCCCAGCCAUGGCUGCCUAUGGACAGAGCCAGUACAGCACAGGGAUCCAGCAAGCCCCCUCGUACACACCCUACCCUCACCACGGGCAGGGCUACACAGUGCCUCCUUACAGUAUAAAGACAGAGGACAGCCUGAGUCACUCUCCUGCACAGAACAGCCUCCUCAGCUACGCCUCUAACUUCAGCAGUUCUCCAUCGGGACAGGCGCUCUACAGCUACCCUAGCCACGGCAACAGUAUUCCGCCUGGAAUUUUCCAGGGAGCCAAUGGGAUCAGCAGCUCAGCAGCCUUUAGCCCCUCUCAACAGGAUUUCUCUGCCUACCCGAGCUUCACCCAAGGCCAGUAUUCCCCCUACUACAGCUCACACUACAACACACCCUACCUCACAGCCAGCAACGUCAGCCCCUCCGCUAUCUCCACGGCAACCUCCUACCUACAGCAGGAACACCCCUCUGUCAUCACCAACCAGAGCCCUGAGUCACUAGCAGGGGAAUACCACCCUCCCGCCAGCCCCCCCACGCCGGAGAAGGAGCAGGACUCAGCACAGCAGAGGAGAGGAUCAGACGGGAAGCUGCGAGGCAGGAAGAGGGCCAGCGACCCAGCACCCCCGCUGGACUCUGAGAUCGAGCGCGUGUUUCUGUGGGACCUGGAUGAGACGCUCAUUAUCUUCCACUCUCUGCUCACAGGGACCUUCGCCACACGCUUCAGCAAGGACUCUGCCAAGGCUGUGUCACUAGGGCUCUGGAUGGAGGAGAUGAUCUUCAAUCUCGCGGAUACCCGGCUCUUCUUUAACGACCUGGAGGAAUGCGACCAGGUUCAUAUAGACGACGUGGCUUCGGAUGACAAUGGGCAAGAUUUAAGCACGUAUAACUUCGCUGCGGACGGGUUCCACAGCCCCUCGAGCGGGGCCACACUGUGCCUGGGGUCCGGGGUUCACGGUGGGGUCGACUGGAUGAGGAAGCUGGCCUUCCGUUACCGGCGAGUCAAGGAGGUUUACAACACCUACAAGAACAACAUCGGAGGUGUGUUGGGCAGUCCCAAGAGGGAGGAGUGGCUUCAGCUCAGGAGAGACAUGGAGGUCAUGACUGACAUGUGGCUCACCAAUGCAGUGAAAGCACUGACUCUCAUCAACUCCAGGCCGAAUUGUGUGAAUGUGUUAGUGACCACCACUCAGCUGAUCCCAGCGCUGUCGAAGGUCCUGCUGUACGGGCUGGGGAGCGCCUUCCCCAUCGAGAACAUCUACAGUGCAACCAAGACAGGGAAGGACAGCUGCUUCGAGAGGGUGGUGCAGCGUUUCGGGAGGCGAGCAGUCUACGUGGUGGUGGGGGACGGAGCAGAGGAGGAAAGUGCCGCCAAGAAGAAGAACAUGCCAUUCUGGAGGGUGAGCUGCAGGGCUGACCUGGAUGCUCUGAGCCACGCCCUGGAGCUGGAGUACCUCUAGGGGGCGCCACCUCUCAAUCUCUCUGGACCGGGUGGAUCUCUCGCUGGCGACAGCGGAGCUUAAAAAAACAACAAUCAAUCAGAAAGGAUUUUUGACACUUGUUUCAUCAUUCAGCUUUCAAGAACAUCAGGAAUCUCGUUGCGUUUCAACGUUAAAGACUUUUAGAAAAACACUUGGUGGGAUUAGCAAAAAAAUAAACGGACUUCAGUUUCAGAAGACGUCUCCAGUCCUAAUUCCCAGGUGAACAGGAUCCAGGCAGACUGAUGCUGGCUGUGCAGCUGCAGGUUCACCGCGGGUCCUUCAUGUCAAUUAGAGGCAAUAGAGCCCACUGUUAUUUAAUAAAACAGAGCAUCAGCAGGCUGUCCUGACAGGCUGGGCGGCUCAGUGUAUCGCAAGGGGAUACAAAGAUGUUCACUUCUGAGUCGCUGGUUCGAUUCCUGCCCAGCUCAGUGCUGAUCAGAGCAUACUGAGGCUCAGGGCUGUGUGGUCAUGUGCAUUACCAGACCUGCAAUAGAAAGUGUGGAUUUGUAGAGUGUGUUUCAGGACACACACACUGACACACUCAUGGACACACGCACACACACACACACUGACACACGCACGCACACACACUCACACUAGCUAACCUCAUCAUUCUAUUGCCACAGAAGCAGACCUGAAAGCUUCCUGCACCCCACAGAAUCUGCAAUGGUCUCCACAGGGACAAGGAUCCAAUUUCAAGCUGCUGCAGUCAGUCUGUACCUGUGUGCUAGAGCCUGGAUUCAGUCCAGAUGAGAGCACAGCCGUAGCCAUUAGGGCGCCAUGCACAGAGAUGCUAGUUAACGUCGCUAGGAUCUGUCAUAUCCUUCUUAAGAGCUUUCUAAACACUGCUCACAGACCAAGAAAGGGAAAACCCAUGUCCGGCCACCGGGGGUCGCUAUUGUGCUGCAGAAUAGAAAACUCUGCGCGCUAGUUGAAAUAAGUUAUUUUUCUUUUUGAAUAAGAUAUUUUCUCUUCUUAAUAAGGGCUGGGACGACGUCCUUAAGGAGCGCUUUCUUUUUUAACGGCGCAGGUAUACGACUGCAGUGAUUGGCAGUUCAGUAACAGGGGCUGGGCAAGGUGACUCAUCACAUGAUACCUCUGAUCCAAUCAGACGGUAUGCAAUACGAUACAUUGCGGUGUGUGUUUAAAUCCUGCCUGGAAUGAGAGCAAAGCCCUUCAUCCGCAUAGGACAAUCACUUUCAUAUUUAUAAACUGUUUUCUUAGUUCCUUCUUGUUUAUGAGCCCUUCUUGUUUCUGCUAUGCUAUUGUCUAUAGUCCAGAAGCGUGUUCCUGAAUUGCGCUGUAGAGCGAAGCUGUCUCCUGCAGUGCUGUAUUCGUUGAUUAAGUGCAGGUCCUGUUCUGGGUGCAGGUUUAGACAGUACCAGGGAAUGCAGGUCACAGUACCUCCGAAACAUGACAGAGAAAGCCGCAAGACUACAGGUUACACGCAGAAACAUUAGGACUGCAAUUACAGGUCAGGCGCUAAUAAAAAUAACCAUUUCAGAUCCUCAUAUACAAAACGUGGACUGUUUUUUGAUGAGCGCUUUGGGGGGAAAAACAAGAGAAUGAACUAGAAUAAAACAUUUGAUUUCAGGGAUGGAAAUAAGACUCCCGUUGCACAGCAAUGUAAUCCAUUCCUGGUUUCACUAAUAAUUUAAUAAGACACACCUGAGCUUGUUACCUAUAUACUGUGGCUAAUCAAGCUCAUAGCAAAACCUACAAUGGGUGAAGCUGCAAUACCAUCCCUGGAUUUAGUUAAUCACAGGACUUAAAAAAGUCUCAACGCAGCAUUCCCACGGGGACUAACACCUCCUUAAAGGAAGACCAGGCAGGUGUAUGGUUGUCCACAGCAGCAGCAGCUUAUUAGCUAAACAUUAACCUCAGAGAUACCAAUAGAUGUUCAGGGCUACAGAUUUGAGCUGCUUGGAGCUGUUUGAUUGCUUAUUGCAGCCCAAGUGCUGGGCUCUCCCAGUGAAUUUAUUGAGAGCAGGGAGGUGUGAUGGACCCGCUGGUAGCGUUUCCAUCUACACUUCUGGGAUUGGACUGUGGCUCCGUCUGUCAAGUGGAAGGACAAUCUUCAGGAGGGGAGCUGGUUCUGCAUUCAGUACAUGUGUUGUUAGGAUCAUUUUCUGUUCAUGGAAAUCAAUGUGUUUUCAUAUAAAAAAAAUAAAAAGUGGUACGGGUUGUUAUUGGA